UCCCGUUCUCUCUCUUCCCUCCUCCGCCCAUUUAUUGCAGCAGGCAGCCAACCCUUCGCCAUCACCCACCGGCGCCACCGCAGCCUCCGCCCUCAUCUCCUUCCGCUCCUACCUCAUUCUUCUCUCCUCUUAGCCUAUCCUCCCUCUCUCUUCUUCCUUGCCUCCAUUCUCAGCCUUCGUCCUUGCCACUUGCCUCACUACCUACACGCUCUCUUCGCACUCGCCUUCCUAACUCCCUUUCUUUCUAAUACCUUACGACGAUGUCCCCUCUCGCGAAGGCCACGAAGGGAAGCGACAGUCUUUCCUCCUCUCCCCUAUCUUCCUCACUAGAUCCUCGCUCGCCCUCUCUCUCUCUCUCUCUCUCUGUUGCAAUGAAGCUGACUUCGAAUUCGUCGAACCCACCUACACAUUGGAACUGGAAGCCUGACAUUGGUAGAGGUGAGGCGUCACUGCUACGAAGAAGUAUAAAUCUGCUAAGAGGGAGACGAAAGAGAGUUAACAAAGGGGGAGGGAGAGAGGCUUGGGGGGGACUUGCGCAUUCGCGGUUUUCGGAAGAAGGGAGAGAAAAAUUUGGGAAUCAUUUGAAAUAGUUAGUGGGGCCACUAUUACAGGUGGCGGAAGGUAAUCGGUUACUUCAUUGAUGACGUGGUGAACUUAGUUCACCCAAUAAUUUCUCCGUUCACGUGGUUGCUGGAGUUCCUGAAACCAUGAAAUCCCGUACGAACGAAGAAAAAGGAAGCAAGCGAGAGAGAGAGAGAGAGAGAGAGAGAGAGAGAGAGAGGACGUUGGGAAGCGGAAGAAGAAGAGGAGGAAGAGGAAGAAGGAAGGAAAGACUGACAAAACCUGUCCCAGAAGAGGAGCCAGCGGGAAUGGUGGUGAUGAUUCCUAUUACUCGCGUCGUUUGAUUUCCGCCACCCCCGGCCCGGAGUGGAGAAGAGGAGAAGAAGGGGUUCAGAGGCCUUGCAUUGCCCAUUUCCCACCGGGACGGGACCCCUUUUCUCUAUCCUAUCAACAGCAACGCCAUUUUCCCUCCGCAUUGCCCAUUUCCAUUCUCUCGAUCGUCUCUUCAUAAUCAAUCAUUACAGGCAGUUGAGUGAACCCGCUACUCGGUUACGUCCGUCCGGUUGAAGCCAGAAAGAUAGCCUGAAUCUUCCCAUGUGGUUUAAGGUGCAUUGGCUGCUCAUGGUCUAUUCGGCAUUGGGUCUGCAUUGCCGGUGACUGGAAUUUAGGGCUCCUCGGAUCUCAAAUUGUCAGGGCAAUGGUGGGUCUCCUCAAUCUGUUUCGUAUUCAUUCCUGCAGGCCAAUUUCGCGGUUGGGUCUCUCUUGUGGGUGGAGGAUCCUGAGGUAGCUUGGAUAGAUGGUGAAGUUGUGGAGGUCGAGGGUGAUGAGAUAAAGAUAAAUUGCAGCUCAGGAAACUUGGUUGUUGCAAAAGCAUCCAAUGUCUAUCCAAAGGAUCCUGAAGCUCCAGAAUGCGGUGUUGAUGAUAUGACAAGGCUAGCAUAUCUUCAUGAACCUGGAGUGUUGGACAAUUUAAGACGCCGAUAUGAUAUGGAUGAAAUAUAUACUUAUACAGGAAAUAUAUUGAUCGCCGUGAACCCUUUCAGAAGGCUACCCCAUUUGUAUGAUAAUCAGACGAUGAAGAAAUACAAGGGAGCUUUCUUUGGUGAAUUGAGCCCCCAUCCUUUUGCUAUUGCAGAUUCUGCAUAUAGGCAGAUGAUUAGAGAGGGAAUCAGCCAGGCAAUUUUGGUAAGUGGAGAAAGUGGAGCGGGUAAGACGGAGAGCACAAAGAUGCUCAUGUCCUAUCUUGCCUUUAUGGGAGGUAGAGCUGCAUCUGAGGGACGAACUGUGGAGCAACAAGUUCUAGAGUCCAAUCCUGUUUUAGAAGCAUUUGGUAAUGCCAAGACUGUCAGAAAUAACAACUCUAGUCGUUUUGGUAAAUUCGUGGAGUUACAAUUUGAUGAAAGUGGAAGAAUUUCGGGAGCGGCAAUAAGAACAUAUUUAUUAGAACGCUCACGUGUUUGUCAAUUGUCUGAUCCUGAGAGAAACUACCAUUGCUUUUAUAUGCUCUGUGCUGCACCUUCAGAGGACGUUGAGAAGUAUAAAUUGGGAGACCCCAGGAAUUUUCAUUAUCUUAACCAGUCGAAUUGCUUUGAGGUUGACGGGUUGGAUGAUUCAAAGGAGUAUCUUGCCACUAGGAAGGCUAUGGAUGUUGUUGGGAUUAGCUCUAAUGAACAGGAUGCAAUAUUCCGAGUUGUUGCUGCUAUACUUCAUUUAGGAAACAUUGAAUUUGCGAAGGGGGAGGAGGCGGAUUCUUCUGAACCCAAGAAUGAUGAGUCUCGCUUUCAUCUUAAGAUGGCUGCUGCACUUUUUAUGUGUGAUGAUAAGGCUCUUGAAGAUUCCCUGUGCAAACGGGUAAUUAUGACUCGUGAUGAGGCCAUAACAAAGUGGCUCAACCCAGAGGCCGCAGCUGUCAAUAGAGAUGCUUUAGCUAAGAUCGUUUAUUCGAGAUUGUUUGAUUGGAUUGUGGAGAGGAUCAAUAGCUCGAUUGGACAAGAUCCUCAUUCAAAAUUCAUUAUUGGGGUUCUAGAUAUAUAUGGAUUUGAGAGUUUCAAGACGAACAGCUUCGAGCAAUUUUGCAUUAACUUGACAAAUGAAAAAUUGCAGCAACAUUUUAAUCAGCAUGUCUUUAAGAUGGAACAGGAAGAAUAUACCCGAGAGGAAAUUGACUGGAGUUAUAUAGAAUUCAUUGACAAUCAAGAUGUCCUCGAUCUGAUAGAGAAGAAACCAGGUGGGAUCAUCGCUCUUUUGGAUGAGGCCUGCAUGUUCCCAAGAUCUACCCAUGAGACCUUUGCUGAAAAGCUUUAUCAGACAUUUAAAGAUCAUAAGCGCUUCAGCAAACCAAAGUUGUCAAGAACCGAUUUCACGAUCUGCCAUUACGCUGGGGAUGUAACAUACCAAACAGAAUUUUUCCUCGACAAAAACAAGGACUAUGUUGUUCCUGAGCAUCAAGCCCUCCUGAGUGAUUCUAGAUGUUCCUUCAUUAAGGACCUAUUCCCACCUCUACCUGAGGAAUCAUCCAAGACAUCAAAGUUCUCAUCAAUAGGUUCUAGGUUUAAGCAACAACUACAAGCUUUGCUUGAAACACUCAGCGCUACCGAGCCUCAUUAUGUCCGCUGUGUUAAGCCAAAUAAUCUUCUUAAGCCGUCGAGUUUUGAGAACAGCAAUGUCCUGCAGCAACUACGAUGUGGUGGAGUCAUGGAGGCAAUAAGGAUAAGCUGCGCGGGAUACCCCACAAGAAAGACUUUUGAUGAAUUUGUUUCUCGCUUUGGCAUUUUCUCCCCAGAUGUUCUUCGUGGAGGCACUGAUGAGGUUGCUGCCUGCAAGAAGAUAUUAGAGAAAGCCAACCUUCAAGGUUACCAGAUUGGAAAGACAAAACUAUUUCUUCGGGCUGGUCAGAUGGCAGAAAUGGAUGCCCGUAGAAAUGAGGUUUUAGGGAUAUCAGCAAUCAAAAUUCAAAGAAAAGUUCGCACAUAUUUCACUCGCAAAAGCUUCAUUAUGUUGCAGCAUUCCGCCAUUCAAAUUCAAGCCAUCUGUAGGGGAGAAGUGGCACGGAAUCAAUAUGAAAGCAUGAGAAUGGAAGCUGCUUGCCUGAAAAUCCAAAAUAUAUGGAGAAUGUGCCUUGCAAGGGAAGCUUACAAUAGCCUUUGCUAUUCUGCUCUUUGUAUUCAAGCAGGCUUGCGUGGAAUGGCUGCUCGUAAUGAGCUCCAGUACAGAAAGCGGACAGAGGCUGCAAUCACCAUCCAGAGUCAUUGUCGGAAAUUCUUGGCUCGACUACAUUAUCUGAGACUAAGAAAAGCAGCAAUUGCAAUGCAAUGUGCCUGGCGAGGAAAGGUUGCACGGAGAGAGUUGCGGAAGCUUAGAAUUGCUGCUAAAGAAACUGGAGCUCUUCAAGCUGCAAAAACUAAGUUGGAAAAGGAGGUUGAACAGCUAACCUGGCAUUUACAGCUGGAGAAGCGAAUGAGGGCUGAUCUUGAGGAAGCUAAAACCCAAGAGAACAGGAAGUUGCUGUCUGCUUUGCAAGAUAUGAAAAUUCAGCUCGAAGAAACGAAGGCCAUGCUUCUCAAGGAGCGUGAGUCCGCCAAACUAGGGGCUGAGCAAGCUCCAGCAGUAAAUGAGAUACCUGUUGACGAGAUGAUGGAAAAACUUGCGGCCGAGAAUGAGAAUCUCAAGGCUCUUGUCAAUUCGUUGGAAAAGAAAAUUGAUGGAACUCAGAAGAAAUAUGAAGAGUCGAACAAGCUCAGUGAAGAGAGGCUCCAGCAGGCCUUGGCGGCAGAGUCAAAAAUAAUCGAGUUGAAGACUGCCAUGCAAAGGCUUGAAGAGAAAGUGUCCGAUAUGGAAGCUGAUGAUCAAAUUCUUAGGCAGCAACUUAUGACAAACACAUCGAUGAAGAAAAUGUCAGCACAUUUGUCCAUGAGCAAGGAUCAGCCCAUAGAAAAUGGUCACCAUAUCCCUGUACCAGUAAAAAGUUUAGUUUCGGAGUCUUGCAAGAGGAAAUCUAUCGAAAAGCAGCAGGAGAGUGUAGACGCGCUUAUCAAAUGUGUCAGCCAGCAUCAAGGUUUUAGUGAAGGCAAACCUGUUGCUGCAUUUACUAUCUACAAAUGCCUUUUACAUUGGAGAUCAUUUGAAGCGGAAAAAACUAGUGUCUUUGAUCGACUGAUUCAGGUUAUUGGUGCUCAACUUGAGAAACAGGACGAUAAUGAGCAUAUGAUCUACUGGCUAUCGAACACUUCUACAUUGUUGUUUAUGCUUCAACGCAGUUUAAAGGCUACUUGUUCAUCUAGUGGGACCCCAACUAAGAAGCCCACAUCAUUAUUUGAGAGGAUGACACGGAGUUUUCGUGCCUCUCCUUCUUCAGCCCACCUUGAGGUAGUACCACAAGUUGAUGCCAAGUACCCAGCUUUGCUUUUUAGGCAGCAGCUUACAGCCUACGUUGAGACUUUCUAUGGAAUUAUUUGGGACAAUCUUAAGAAUGAAUUGUCAUCGUCUCUUUCCUCUUGCUUACAGCAACCAAGCACAUCGAGUUCAAAUUUGUCCAGAGAGCCUGAAGGGUCCUUCAAUAACUCUUCCCAAGCUAGUCCCUGGAAAAGCAUCACUGAGAGCCUCAAUAGUCUUUUAUCUACAUUGAAGAAUAACUAUGUGCCUCUGGUUCUUGGCGAGAAGAUCUUUAGACAAACUUUUCAGUAUAUCAAUGUCCAGCUAUUUAAUAGCUUGCUACUAAGGCAAGAAUGCUGCACCUUUAGCAAUGGGGAAUAUAUCAAGGCUGGUUUGGAUGAAUUAGAGAUAUGGUGCAAUGAAGCAACCAGAGAGUAUGCAGGCUCGUCCUGGGAUGAACUUAAACACAUCAGGCAGGCUGUUGGAUUCUUGGUUAUCCACCAGAAGUCGAGAAUCACCUAUGAUGAUAUUACUAAUGACCUCUGUCCGAUACUGAGUGUCCAGCAGCUAUAUCACAUGUGCAUGCUGUAUUGUGAUGACAACUACAAUACUCCGAGUGUAGCUCCUGAAGUAAUAUCAAGCCUACGAGUUCUCAUGACAGAGAACUCCAAUGGCGAUGAUGAAAGCAUCUCCGUUUUAUUAGGUGAUAACUCCAGCAUUCCAUUCUCUGUCGAAGAGAUCUCGAAUCCAUUCCACCCGAAAGACUUUUCUGUUGUGAAACCUGCUGCAGAACUUCUCAAGAAUCCGGCCUUCCAAUUUUUACAGGAGUGAGGUCAUGUCCUUUGCCGUCUUCUGGAGAACUCAAAGUGCUUCUACAGCCAUCCAAGAUCGCACGUACCCACUGUAAAAAGCAACCCCAUUUUUUUAUCUUCAUUCAACUUUAGAGAUGUGUAGUUCAUCUGGCCUCUCUGCUGUAGACGUUGAGGGUUUGUAGAAAACCUUCGAUUGCCAUUCUUUUAUUCAGUUUCAUGACAGCUAGGAGGGUCUAUGGUACGGCGUCUGUUGGAUUAGUCUAGUUGGGAUAUAGGAGACUGACGAGGAGUCCAGCCUAAAGUGACGGCUCAUAUUCUAGAAGACUCAAGCUGCUACAAAAGAAUAAUAUUGCUAUAGUAUAGUUUCCCUUAAUUAGAUGUUAUUUCAUAUAUUAGCUUGAUAUAGGAGUUAGAAGUUUCCUAUUUCAUAUUAUUUCCUUGUUUCAUUUUAGGAAUAUAAUUUAAAAGAAUUAGAUGUCAGUUUUUUAUUUUAUAGUCAAGGGAGGUGUCUUCCCUCUAUAUAUAGGCUAUUCACCUCAUUGGAAAAUGAUAUCUCAGAAACUCUUAAUAUUUAAUAAUACUUUGAGUUUGCACAA